UAUAGGCAAUUAAGAAUGGAAAGUACACUUACAUUCUAUUCGUAUGUAAGCAUCAGGAGUGCUAGACGUCACAUGAUAAAGACGGGCAUACGUAAAGACGAAACUAAAAGCAACAUGAGAUACAUUUUGGGCAACGCUUUUGCGGGCACUGCUUCCGUAACUAUUAUCGUAUUAGUAUUAUAUCAUGUAUUAACUGGAAAAGGAGAGCGUAUAAGUAUUGGAUGGUUUUUAGAAAAUACUUCUCCGUAUAUGUGGGCAACACUUGGCAUUGGACUUGCAGUUGCUCUAUCUGUAGUUGGUGCUGCACUAGGAAUUCAUACAACAGGAGUUUCAAUAGUUGGAGGUGGUGUAAAAGCUCCACGAAUCAAGACAAAAAAUUUGAUAUCUGUAAUAUUUUGUGAAGCUGUAGCUAUCUAUGGUUUGAUCACAGCAAUUGUAUUAUCUGGAAUGUUAGAUUCAUUUUCUUAUGAAGAAGCUUUCAUAAAGCCAGAGAUUCGCAAUCAGAAUUGGUUAGCUGGAUAUUUAAUGUUUGGAGCUGGCCUGGCUGUUGGUCUUGUCAAUCUGUUUUGUGGUAUAGCUGUUGGGAUUGUUGGUUCUGGAGCUGCACUUUCUGAUGCAGCCAAUUCUGCUCUUUUUGUUAAGAUUCUUAUAAUUGAAAUCUUUGGAUCUGCAAUUGGACUUUUUGGAUUAAUUGUUGGGAUUUAUAUGACAUCCAAAGUAAAGAUGGGAAAUAAAGUGUAAAUUUAGGAUAAAAUAUAACACCAUAAACAACCAUAUUUUUUUGGAAUCACACCAUUCCAUUCCAUAUUUAGUGAUUGUUGACCUAUUAACUUUCGAUUAAGGAUCUCUGUGUAUCAACCAUGUGCAUAAAUAACUAUUUUUAGUGAUAUAAAAUUAAUUGCUGUAAUACAGUCUCUUGUUUAUGGUAUUUCGAGUGCGUUAUAGCGCUCUAGUUCGAAUGCAUCUACUGUACAUAAAUAAUUUUCUUUUCCUUUUUCUUAAAAAUGAAAUGUUACAUUAAUGAAUAUGAUAUUGUAUUACAUUUACUCACAUAUAUUGCACAUAUAUGUAAAAUAUAUAUAAUGUUAUUUA